AUGCCUGCCCCGCUGCUCCCACUGCUGCUGCGAGGACUGCUCUCCCGUCUGCUGCUUCCUGCUGCCCGCCUGGCCCGCCAGCACCUCCUGCCCUUGCUGCAUCGGUUGGCCCGUCGCCUGAGCUCCCAGGAUGUUCGAGAGGCUCUUCUAGGCUGUUUGCUGUUCAUCCUCAGCCAGCGACACCCGCCAGAUGCUGGGGAGACCUCCAGAGUGGACCGCCUGGAGAGAAGGGAGAGGUUAGGCCCCCAGAAGUGA